AUGACUAUAACCUAUCAAGCAAAGCCAGAGUCCAUUGAGACUCGACUUUACAUCAAUGGGAAGUUCGUGGAAUCGUCCGACGGUCGCACGUUCGAUGUAGUGUCUCCAACAACAGGCGAGAAGGUCGCUGAAGUUUUUGAGGCAAGUGAAGAAGACACAAAUGCUGCAGUCGCUGCCGCCAAAGCAGCAUUCCCAGCAUGGUCUGCCCUCGCCCCAGCUGAAAGGGGAGCCUACUUCAAAAAGCUAGCCCCUCUGUUCCUCGAGUCUCACAAUGAGCUUGCUCAACUCGAGGCUUUGUCAAUGGGUCGUCCUGUUUCCAUGUAUUUUGAGUCUUUCCACGCUGCUGAGAACCUGUAUCACUAUUCUGAAGCAGGGUUCGGAAAUGUUGGAACUUCAAGUCUGAACACCCCCGGCUUUGUUAACAUGACUCUGCGCCAGCCAUUUGGUGUUACUGCUGGAAUUAUCCCUUGGAAUGUGCCAGUUGCUUUCCUGAUCAUCAAGUCGCUGCCAGCUCUGAUGGCAGGAAACACUGUGGUGAUCAAGAGCAGUGAAAAGGCUCCAUUGACAUCUGCCUUUGCUGCUACCCUGAUUGAUAAAGUAGGAUUCCCACCCGGUGUUUUCAACAUCAUCACUGGUCACGGUCACAUUUCCGGCAGCGUGCUAUCUCACCACAUGGACGUGCGGGUGCUGAGCUUCACUGGAUCAGCCAGAACUGGCCGUAUUAUUCAGGAGGCCGCCGCCAAAUCUAACUUCAAGAAGGUUAUCUUGGAGAUGGGCGGCAAGAGCCCUGCCAUCAUCUUCUCUGACGCCGACAUCGAGAAGGCAGUUGAAGAGACUAAGCACAGUAUCCAGUGGAACAGUGGACAAGUCUGCAUGGCAAACUCCAGAAUCUAUGUGGAAGAAUCCAUCGCAUCAGCCUUCAUCGAGUUGUUCAAAGAGAAGUUCUCCGCAGUCAAGAUUGGUGACCCAUUGUCGCCUGAAACGACUCACGGCCCCCAGGUAGAUGAACAACAGUUCAAGAACGUCCAAGCCUAUAUCGAGGGAGCAAAGAAGGAUGGAAAGAUGGCUAUUGGACAAGAUUUCUCAGAGUCCUCCAAGGGGCUUUUCAUCAUGCCUACCAUCUUCCUUGAGACACCAGAAGAUGCCAGGGGAUUGAAAGAGGAGAUUUUUGGCCCUGUUGUUCACAUCAACACGUUCCGCGACGAGGCGGAAGUUGUUAAAAAGGCGAAUGAUAAUGAGUAUGGGCUUUAUGCUGCUGUAUACACAAAGGAUCUCAGUCGUGCUCUUCGCAUGGUGAAGAACUUGGAGGCUGGAACUGUUGGAGUGAACUGCACUAGUCCUACCGCGGCGGGAGAUAUGCCAUUCGGUGGAUAUAAGGGAAGCGGUUCUGGUCGGGAGGGAUGGACUGUUAGCAUGCUAGAGAACUACCUUGAGGUGAAGAGUGUCAUGAUCAAGGUCGAUGACCUUUAA